CCGUUCCCGGAGCGACGGGAUCGCCUCUGGAAAAGGGAGCAUGGGAUGGCUCAGCCGCCUCCUGAGCCAGUUCUCCUGGAAGGGAUGCUCCGCUCCUAACGCCCCGGCUCUCCUGAGGAUGACCGCCAUUCCCGAGCCCCUCGGACGCCCCCGGAGCAGCUCCUCCCGCAGCCUUUCCGGGACCCUGGAGGCCAUGGGGACGCCGGACACGGAUCGGGAUCGGGAUUGGGAUCGGGAUUGGGAUAAGGAGGAGACGCGGAUCCUCAAGGUUUGCUUCUACAGCAACAGCUUCAACCUGGGCAAGAACUUCAAGCUGGUCAAGUGCUCCGUGGCCACGGAGAUCCGGGAGGUGAUCCGGUCCAUCCUGCUGAGCGGGCGGAUCGGGCCGGACGUCCGUCUGUCCGAGUGCUACGGCCUGCGGCUCAAGCACGUCAAGUCGGACGAGGUCCACUGGCUGCACCCCGAGCUGACGGUGGGAGAGGUCCAGGAGAAAUACGAGUGCCUCCACCUGGAAGCCGAGUGGAGGUACGACCUCCAGAUCCGGUACCUGCCGGAGGAUUUCAUGGAGCGCUUCAAGGAGGACCGGACCACGCUGCUCUACUUCUACCAGCAGCUCCGCAGUGAGUACAUGCAGAGCUACGCCAGCAAGGUCAGCGAGGGCAUGGCGCUGCAGCUGGGCUGCCUCGAGCUCAGGAGGUUCUACAAGGACAUGCCCCAGAACGCGCUGGACAAGAAAUCCAACUUCGAGUUCCUGGAGAAGGAGGUGGGGCUGGACCUGUUCUUCCCCAGCCAGAUGCUGGAGAACCUGAAGCCGCGGCAGCUGCGGAAGAUGAUCCAGCAGACGUUCCAGCAGUACGCGCUCCUGCGGGAGGAGGAGUGCAUCCUGAAAUUCCUGCACACCCUGGCCGCCUUCGCCCCCAUCGACCAGGAGAACUUCCGCUGCCAGCUCGUCCAAGGAUGGAACAUCACCGUGGAUCUGGUCAUCGGCCCCAGGGGCAUCCGCCAGGUGACCACCAAGGACGCCAAGCCCACCUGCCUGGCGGAAUUCCGGGAUGUCAAAUCCAUCCGGUGCUCCGGAGCGGAGGACGGCCAGGCUCUGCUGCAGCUGGGGCUCAGCGGGACCCCCCAGUCGCUGGCGAUCAAGACGUCGUCGCUGGCCGAGGCGGAAAACAUGGCCGACCUCAUCGAUGGCUACUGCCGGCUCCAGGGGGGCUCGGAGACGUCGCUCAUCGCGUUCCCGAGGAAAGAUCGCGAGAAGAGGAUCAGCCUCCCACAGAUCCCGGCCCCGAAUCUCGGGGAGAGGCAGUCCACGCUUUCCCACAGCGUCAGCGGGGAUUCCGAAAUUUACGCGGAAAUCCUGGACGAGUCCUCAAGGCCGAGAUCCGGAAUCCAGCACUUCGGAAUCUCCCGGGACGACGUCGUGCUGGGCCGGAUCCUGGGGGAAGGAUUCUUCGGAGAGGUCUACGAGGGGAUCUACGCCACGCCCAAAGGCGAGCGGAUCAACGUGGCCGUGAAGACCUGCAAGAAGGAUUGCAGCCCGGAAAACCGGGAGAAGUUCCUGAGCGAAGCUGUGCUGAUGAAGAAGCUGGACCACCCCCACAUCGUGAAGCUCAUCGGCAUCGCCGAGGAGGAGCCCACCUGGAUCGUCAUGGAGCUCUGUCCCUACGGAGAGCUGGGCCAGUACCUGGAGCAGAAGCGGCCGGGCCUGGCCGUGCCCACGCUGGUGCUCUACGCGCUGCAGGUCAGCAAGGCCCUGGCCUACCUGGAGGCCCUCAGCUGCGUCCACAGGGACAUCGCCGUCCGCAACAUCCUGGUGGCCUCUCCGGAAUGCGUCAAACUCGGAGACUUCGGCCUCUCCCGCUACAUCGAGGACGAGGAAUACUACAAAGCUUCCGUCACCCGCCUUCCCAUCAAGUGGAUGUCGCCGGAAUCCAUCAACUUCCGGCGCUUCACCACGGCCAGCGACGUCUGGAUGUUCGCCGUGUGCAUGUGGGAGAUCCUGAGCUACGGGAAGCAGCCGUUCUUCUGGCUGGAAAACAAGGAUGUGAUCGGAGUCCUGGAAAAGGGGGAUCGGCUCCCCAAACCCGACCUGUGCCCGCCCGUCCUCUACACCCUCAUGACGCGCUGCUGGGACUACGAUCCCGGCGAGAGGCCCAAAUUCCAGGAGCUGGUCUGCAGCCUCAGUGACAUUUACCUGAUGGAGAAGGAGCUGGCCAAGGAGCAGGAGAGGAACAACCGGCACCGCCCUCCCAAAAUCCUGGAGCCGCCGGCGUUCCAGGAGCCGCCUCCCAAGCCCAGCAGGCCCAUGCACAAGCCGCCAUCCCAGAAUAACCUCCUGGCUCCCAAGCUGCAACUCCAGGACGAGGCCGAUCCCGAUCCGGGCCGGCUCCCGGCGCAAUUCCCGCUCUUCCCGCGCUCCCGCUCCGUCCGUGGUGUCCGCGCUCACCCCUUCCCCGUGGGCUUCCCCCGCGCCUGCGCCGCUGCCGCCGCCGCCGCUCCCCGCGCAAUUCCCGAAUUCCCAGUCCCGCCGAGUACCAGAGCCCGGCAAAUUCCCGGGCGCACUCCGCCUCCCAGCCGGCACAACGUCUUCAAGCGCCACAGCAUGAGG